AUGGCGAUUCCGGGAAAGGUAGGGGGGAUUACGCUGGAAGAGGAGUAUAAGAAGAAAACAUUGAUUUCACCGUCUGACAUCACCAAACUACGAGAAUGGAUGCAGACACAGCCCCAUUUACCAGCUGACCAUAUCACAGAUCUGGAUUUAAUCCUUGCGUAUCAUUGCUGCGACCGAAGUUCAGGUGUCGCCAAGACCGUCUUAGAUCUCAAUUUUACUAUCAAGACUCUUUUUACGGGCUUCUUCAAGGACAGGACAGUCGAUGAGAAAAUAAUUCACAAUUGCAAGACUAAGUGUUUCCUACCUCUUGAGGUGCGUGCCCGGGAUGACUCCGCCGUCAUAUACUGUUCGUUGAUAGACCCUGAUUACAAGACUUUUGUCUUCUCAGAAUCUGUAAGAUCAGUCCUUAUGGUGUUGGAUCUGUGGCAGUACCAGACGGGUACUUGGCCCAGUUUCGUCAUCAUCAUAGAUCUGAAUCAGAUGACUUUAGGCCAUCUCGCCAGGCUUGAUCUCCAAUCUAUCCAGCAGUUCCUUUAUUACCUACAGGAAGCAAUACUUUUGAAACUGAAUGGCCUCCACUUUCUGAAUGCGCCAUCCUUUAUGGACAAGUUGAUGAUGCUUUUGAAGCCAUUCUUGAAGAAGGAUUUGCUCGACGUACUGCACAUACACCAAAUAGGCUCUAAGACUUUGGACCCCUUCGUGCCUAUGGAAGGGUUGCCCAAGGAAGCUGGUGGGGACUUCAAAACUUUACAGCAGGCUUCAGAUGAUGUCAUUCAAUGGAUGAAAGAAAAUGAGGAAUUUUUUAUAAGAGAAAAUAAGAAGCGUGUGACAGAAUCCAAGAGGCCUGGAAAACCUAAAACCAUGUCAGACAUUUUCGGCAGCGUCGAGGGCUCAUUCAAAAAGUUAGAUAUAGACUAA